ACACCAUCGCCAGCAACGGAUCCCGCCCUGUACGAGUCUCGGGCCGGGGUUCCAAUCGCCGUGGUCACCGUAUCGCUCACCGUCGCCACCACCGCCGUCUGUCUGCGCUCGUACGUGCGCGCCAUCAUGAUCUCUCAGUUCGGCGCCGAUGACUGGGCCGCUGUUGUUGCCCUUGUUCUUGCCAUAGGCAGCGGCACCAUGGUUGCCACCAAUACCAUCUACGGCCAUGGCCGGCAUCUGGCCGUGGUAGACCCAUCAUUGAUCUGGAAAUACUUCAGGACGUUCUACAUCUCCAUCGUGCUCUACAACGCCUCGUUGACAGCAAUCAAGAUCACCUUUCUCCUCCAAUACUACCGCAUUCUAGGCACGGGUCAGAUGCGCAAGGUUAUCAUGGUCGCUUUUGUCUUCAUCGCUCUGUGGUCGAUCUCUCAGCUGCUUGUGGUCAUCUUCACCUGCUCGCCCAUCGAUAAGUUCUGGCUUCCAGACACGCCCGGCACCUGCAUACCCAACCUGCCGUUCUGGUACAUCAACGCGGCAGGAAACAUCGUCACCGACGUGACCGUGUUCGUGCUGCCGCUGCCCGUGCUCAGCCGCCUGAAGCUUCGCAGGAACCAGAAGCUCGGCCUGAUAGCUGUCUUCUGUCUCGGCUUCUUUACGUGCGCUAUCUCCGUCAUCCGGAUCCAGUACCUCAAACUCAGCAACGACGUCACCUGGGACAACGUGGCCUCCUCCUGCUGGUCCAUCGGCGAGCUCUGCUCCGGCAUCACCUGCGCCUGCCUCCCGACGCUGCGGCCGCUGCUCGCCAAGUGCCUGCCCGGGCUGCACUCGCAGAAUGGGCAGAGCGACGACAACAACAGGUACUACAACAAGUACUACCGCCGCUCGUCGUCCGCCCGCGACGCCUCGCACCUGGGCAGCCGCCUCAAGAGCAGCGCCGACGAGAGCGGCAGCAGCAGGGGCAUCGUCGCCUACCCCGAGGACGUCGAGCUGCGCAGCGACGACCGCUCCGACAAGGAGAUCCGCGUCGACGUGGUGCACCGGGAGCGCCCGCAGCCGCCGCCGUCGUCGGCGGGCGCCGGUUACCAGGCGUCUUACGACCGCUCCAUGGACGGGCUCAAGCUCGGGCUGAAGCCGACCGUGCGGACCGAGGUCAAGGUGGGCUCGCCGGCGCCGCAGACGCGC